AUGGCUCACUUACUACAGAGCCAGUCUUUUAUUUCAAGGAGUGUGUGGACAGAGCCCCGGCUACAGCACCAAGCUCACACAUGCGUUAAACUCAGUGAUCAUCCUCAUGGAAGCUGGAAAAUCUAUGGGAAGAAAAGAGCAAGAGGGACUUCUUCUUUCAAUGGUUGUGUUGUGCAGUGCUGCACUACUUCUUCUUCUUCUCCUUCUUCAGCCUCGAUGUCAUCAGCCAAGGCUGGUGUGAAGCUGGCUGUAAAUGCAGUGGAAGAUAAUAAUAACAGCAGAUGGAAAGAUAGAGAGGACCAGCCUUUUUAUUUGGCAAGCGAGUACGGAUGGAAAGUGAGGAGAUUGGAGGAGGAUCAAUACGAAAUAAGGAAGGUUGCCCAAAUUCAAGCAGAAGCAUUCCACCAACCAAUGGCCUUCUUCGAUGAUCUAUUCUUUCAGUUCUUCGAGGCGGAGGUGCUUUCCGGGCUCAUAUACAAACUUAGGAACUCACCUCCAAGCAGGUAUGCGUGUUUAGUCGCUGAGUCUUCCACGGAUGCUAAUUCUGAAUCGCAAAGAAAACCGGUGGGCGUCGUGGAUGUCACAGUGUUAAGAGACGAGGCUGUUCUUCAACACCUUCAUGGGGCAGAGGAAUACCUUUAUGUUUCGGGGCUCGCUGUUUCAAAAAGCUUUCGGAGGAGGAAGAUCGGUAGUUGCUUGCUCAAAGCUUGUGAGGUGCUGUCGGUUUUGUGGGGUUUCAAGUAUCUUGUCCUUCGGGCUUAUGAAGAUGACUUUGGUGCUCGCACGUUGUACACAAAUGCAGGCUAUCGAGUUGUCUCAGGUGAUCCGCCAUGCUUGACUUCUUGGAUUGGGAGAAGGCGUCGUGUUCUUAUGAUUAAACAAUGUAGUUUCCUUAACCUUAUUUAGCUCUUCCUUUCAGUCUCGUAUAUAACAAGGAUCGUAGAUCGGAGAAUGGAGAAACAUCAGUAUAUAUGUUUUUUCCCUUGUUUAUUACUUUCAGGCCAACUUAUAUCACAAAGAUAUGAC